AUGGACAGCCACCCGCCAUAUCUUCCUGAAGAAAUCAUCCUAAACAUUCUCAAACGACUUCCGGUAGAAUCCUUAAUCCGAUUUCAAUGUGUGUGUAAACACUGGAAUAAUCUCAUAAAAAGUCCAUCUUUCAUUGCGGACCACCUUCAACAGUCCAGUCAUCAAAACCCUUCUCUUCUUCUCGAUUGUAAUAAUAGUUGCAGUCCUUUGCGCUGGCGCUUGCGUUUGCUGGAUUGGGGGAUGCAAGUCCGUCUAGUUCAGAAAGCACCUUUGGUCGAUUCCUUCGGGGGUGCUAGUAUCAUUGGUUCCUGCAAUGGCCUGGUUUGUGUUCAAAUCCAUCAGGAUGAUAAAUCUCCUCCUUCUCUUUCAUUGUGGAAUCCUGCCACUACAGCAGUCAGACAUGUUCCUAGACCGAGAAUUUUUUCUGACUUGGAGGAUUACAUGACAGGAUUUGGGUUCAGUCCAAUUGUUAAUGAUUAUAAGAUAGUAAGAACUUAUUCGAAGUUUUACUAUGAAGUUGAUCGAGCGGAAGUAUUUUCGUUAAGUAGAGGGUCAUGGAAGCGAAUAGAUAGUGGGAACUUAAAGGCAGUGAGACUUAAUUCUGAAGCUGUCACGACUAAUGGAGCCAUAUUUUGGUCUGGGUUAAAGUUAGAUGCAGAUGAAGAUGGUGAAGAUGGUGUUCAGGUGAUAGCUCGGGUGAUAGUAUCAUUUGACAUAGUAAAGGAAGUGUUCACAUUGAGUCCAUGGCCUGAUUUAAACUUAAACUGUACGAGUGGAGAUGAAAAGCUUACUAUUUAUGGGAACAAACUUGCCAUACUUUGUGACGUUUGGCGUAGGGAUAAUGAAAGAUUUGAUUUGAUUAGGCUGUGGGUGAUGGAGGAGGGUACAUGUGCAUUUGGGGAGAGACGGAAUUGGACUAAAAUAUAUACUAGCCCCUUUUCAAAGACAUUCGAUCCGGUGACUAUUUGGAGGAACCAAAUUGUCUACACACGGGGGGGUUCUGCAGUGCCUAGUAAGAAAGGAAGAACUGUUCAUUUGAUGAAUCUCACUACUAAUGAAGUCAAGAGGUUUGUUGUUCCCUGUUGUGGCUCUAUUAAAAAUAUAUACAAUUAUGUAGAAAGCCUUGUAUCAGUUGGCAACAACUACAUUGAAGAAUCUUGA